AUGUCAUCAUCAAAUAUUCAGUCAACAUUGAAUUUCACAUCUUCAAGUGUAGUUUCACCACCUUUACCAAGUGUAUUUGAAUUACUUGCUCAAGAGCGUUUGACUGAUUUAAUUCGUCCGUGUCUUCGGCAAAUUUUUAAAUUUUUACACGAAAUUCGUCCAAUAUCAAAUUCAUUACGAAUUCUUUAUAAAUACAAAGAUGAAUUUAUAUUACUUAUUGAAAGUAUUGUUCAAUGGCUUUAUUUACAUUUCUAUUCGGCUUUAAUCGGUGAACAUUUUUAUGGAUUAAAACGAACAGCAAAUCAUCGAUUACGUUCACUUAUAUUUUCUGUAUUUUUACCUUAUGUUAAACUAAAACUUGAUUCCUUACAUGAACAACUGUCUACGAAUAAUAACAAUCGUCAAACUAGAUUUUAUAUCAUACUUCAAAUUUUACCUAAAAUUCAAAUUUUCAUCGAAAGUAUUUGUUGGCUUUAUCGAAUAGGUUAUGCUUUUGGUCGGAUUGAAUAUUACAGUCCCGAACUUCAAUUAGCCGGUGUUAAAUUAAUCUAUACUAAAGAUCCAUCACCUGUCAUUCCACCAUCAACUAAAGCUAGUCAAUUUUUUUCCAUAGUCAGUCAAAUUAUAUCAAGUGGUUUAUUUCUUGUGCAAUUUGUUGAAUGGUGGAAUAAUACAAAUGGUUCAAAGAAAUAUUCCAUCAAUGCUAAUAUUAAUCCACCAUUACCAACUACUGUUCGAACACAGGCAACAAUUGGUAAACGUCAAUGUCCUCUUUGUCGACAACCAUGUGAUGUUCCAACAGCAGUACUUGGUUCGGGUUAUGUCUAUUGUUAUACAUGUAUUAGUGAUUACGUUAAACGUUAUCAUCGAUGUCCAACAACACAACAACCGGUAACAAAUGAACAGUUAAUUAAAAUUUAUUAA